CAUACUGUAGCUAACUACAAACUGCAUGCAAAAAUCAUCUGUCUUGCUCAUUUUAACUACAAAUCAACUGUGUUCUUGCUAAAUAAUAUAUCUAGAGGGAACGGUUGUGUGUAUAAAUUACAUGCAUCUACUUCAUGUGGCAAUAAACAAACAAACAAACAAACAAACAAACAAAUAAAGUUGCCAGUACACGAAAUAUCCGCUAGGGGACAAUACACUACACAUUCGCCUGGUAGCAAUUCACUCACUAUCCACUAGGGACAGUACACUAUACAUUCUCCUGGUAGCAAUUCACUCAAUAUCCACUUGGGGCAGUACACCACACAUUCGCCUGGUAGCAAUUCACUUAAUAUCCACUAGGGGGCUGUACACUAAAUAUCCGUUAGAGGGAAGGUACAGUAAACAGUGAACAAAUAACAGUCCAAGAUGGCGUCCUCCAUGGGUGGAAUGUUCCCGGGACAACAACAACAGCAGCAGCAGCAGCAACAACAACAACAACAGCAGCAGCAGCAACAGCAGCCUCCCGGCGCGCAUCCACCGCCUCCCGGUCCCGGAGCUCCGGGAAGCAGAGCUUCAGGCAACACUUUAGUCGAUGACCUGGAAGCUUCUUUCGAAGCAUGUUUUGCAUCAUUAGUCAGCCAAGACUAUGUGAACGGGACAGACCAAGAGGAAAUCAGAACAGGUACCACCCAACUUGGUUAUGAUAAGAACACUGGUUAUAAAAGAGAGUCAGAUGUUAUUGGGGUUGACCAGUGCAUACAGAGGUUUCUUGACGUAGCCAGACAGACCGAAUGCUUUUUUCUUCAAAAGAGGCUCCAGCUGUCAGUACAGAAACCAGAGCAGGUGGAGAAAGAGGACAUAUCAGAGUUGAGGAACGAGCUCCAGAGGAAGGAAAUGCUGAUACAGAAGCACCUGACCAAGAUUCAUCACUGGCAGCAGGUGUUGGAGGACAUUAACGUCCAGCACAAAAAGCCUACAGAGCUACCACAGGGGCCGCUGGCCUUUUUAGAACAAGCCUCAGCUAACCUGCCCGCACCCAUGAAACCCAACUGAGCAGUGCCUGUGAUGGUGCGCGUCUUCAUUGGAGUAUUUUUAAUAACGUGUUUAAAGUUCUGAUGCAACAUUGGCCUGUAUAAAUCCAGUGCUCUGGUGAGAUUAUCAUUCACUGUCUGGAUAGUAAUUAAAACUUCUAACCGAGAGGGAACUUUCUCAACUGAAAUGGCUUUUGGUUAUGAUCGUGUAGUUCUGUUCAGAGCACUGGAGUCAAGAUUCUGAUAAAUACAUACUGUAUACAAUACUAAACAUCAUGUGGGGUACAGUUUAAGAAGGGUGAGUGUUGGAAUAAAUGUCUACAUUUUGUA